GCAUCACUGCUUCUACAGCAGACUGAGGAUAUAGCAGACGGCGUACAGCAGUUGUUUCUGACCCUCUGUACAGCGAUUUUGUGUUGGGGAGGGAGGCUGCGUGUGAUUUUUUUUACCAUGAAUCCAGGAGGGAAAAUGAAUUUCCCUAUUGGACUCACGCUCCUGUUAAUCUCAACGACACACGCUGCUGCUGUCGCGUGUGUCACCAGAGGAUCGGAACCGGUCCCAUGUUACGCUGCUGAAGGGGAACCGCUGCUUCUGCAAGUAAACGCCAAGUUCAGCAUUAGUACAUGGAACCUGGUGAAGGAUGGCAGACCUAUUUAUGAUUCCCGUAAACAAAGUACAUGGGUUCCUUUGAAUAAUACCUUAGGGAAGAACAAAGUUUUCAAAAAUGAUUCUGGAAUUUACACUUUAAAUGCUUAUGAUGAAGAUGGGAAAGGCUGCUUAAGUGCAAUACAACUGAAUGUUGAAGCUCCAGUGUGGAACGUGACGCUCUCCCAGCUCUGUCUGCCGCACAGAGAGAUGAGGGUGACCUGCUCCUCACAGGGAGACGCCAAGGAAUUCAGCUGGACCCUGGAGAACCAGAAACUGGACAGAACUGUAUCUUCCCUGGUCUAUCAGAAUAGCAGCGUCAUACUGAAGGAGAACGUGCAGGGCAAUCUCACAUGUUCAGUUAGGAACCAUGUCAGCCACGGCACUGUCACACGCGAACUCAUCCCCUGUCCAGGACUUGGGGAACGUUUGACCUGCAGGUUCCAUGAAGGGACAGAGGUCUUAGUUAGGAGGAUUUCCUCAGAAUCCCAGCCUGCACUGAGCAACGUGGAGAUACUCGUCAGUUUUGAUAAGGAGGAGACUUUAGCUAUAGUUUGCUACAGCCACCAUCCUCACCACAUUCAGUAUCUCUGGGAUUUUGGAAUAGUCCUCCUACUUUUUUCCGUGUUGGUGGGACUGCAGUGUCUCUGCUCAAAGGUCAAAAGGUCCGGCACAACAGACGUUAAGAUGGAGGACGAACUGAUUUACGCCCAGGUUAGGAUUCACGAGAAGAAGAGCAAUCAGAGAAAGAAGACAGUGACACCGGACGCCUGGACAGUGGAGUAUGGGGCCGUCGCUGUUCCUGAACUGAGUGGCGAAAUGGGGGCCACUUUAUACAGCGUCGUCCAGGCCAGCGACCAGCUGAUGCAGUAACAGCCUCUCGAAGGAAACAAAUCACACGGGGGCUUUAAAAACCAUCAGCAAUAUUUCUGAGGGUUGCCCUCCAGAGUCCGCCGUAAUGUGUAUGGUACAUAGUGUACACUGUGCAAGCCUGAAUGCUACUGUCUGCAUACUGAGGCGAAGACAACUUUAAUUUCAAAAGCGAUAGCAGCUGUGGUACUGAAAUAUUAAUUAAUUAUACCAAAUAUUAAUUAAUAUACCAAAUCCAUACUGUUAUACAGUCCCAUUUAAAAAUCACAUGGCUUGGAAAAUGAAUGAAUGAAAUAUGCUGGAGUAAUUAUGAAAUUGUCAGUAAUAGCCGAAAAAAUACUUUUAACAUUAUCAGCGAAAUGUACAUCAGUUUAAUAAAUAGAUACUAAAAUGAAUUUGGCCUUAGGUUAGACUUGCAAUCUUGGCUAGGAAACUAGCUGCUCGGCAGCUUUUAUCGCAGGGAACCCACCCCGCUCACCAAGGGUUCGACAUACUGCAACAGCAAUUGCUUUUGUAUCAUCAAAAUAUCGUAUACCAUGGUAUGAUGUCUGGGUGAUUUAGCGGUGUGAAAUAGUGAUGAGAAUUUUGGUUAAAUUUACAGAACCAAUUCUUUUGAACUGGGGUGUGUUUCCCGUACAUCGACGGAUGUCAGCAUUGAACUUACAUGCUCUGGGGCAACGUUAAACUAACUAACUGUGAAGUACGGCUGGUUUCUAAAACUGUUGUACUUUGUUAGUUCAACAGUAGCGUGAACCAUGUUAGUUUGAACCCCUGUAGUUCGAACUAAAGAUUAGUCAGCCUUUAAAGUAUGCAAAAAGUCACAAAUGUUGUGAUAUUAUUCCUAUAUAUGAGUUGUGACGAUAAUACAUUAUUGACUCACGAUUUAGGCUAUUCAUUUUGCAAUCAUUUCACAACAGUAAUAAUAUUAACAGUUCAAUAUUAGCGAUAGCAUCAAAAUAGUAUGAUACGCUUUUUGCUUCAUUAUACCACAGUAUAAUGUCUGGACAGAAUGGCGGUAUGUAAAACCCGCCUGAUCUUUACUCAGCUGACCAUCGCGGUCCUUACCGUGUGAGAAUUGUAUAUAACAUGCAAUGUCAAUAUUAAUAUUGGUGAGCCCUACUUAGUAUUUUUUGUAUUGUAACAUUGCACUGUCCAGGUAAUUGUGUGUUUGUGUGUGUGUGUGUGUGUGUGUGUGUGUGUGUGAGCGGGUAUACCUAUUCUUAUGGGGACAUAAUGUCCCCAUGAUGUGAUAAAUAUCCGUUUGUUUUCCCUUAUGGGGA